UUUUAUAGGCACUUGAUGUGUCCGUGUGUGUGUUUGUUUCUGGACUUAUUUGUUUGUAUCUGCAGCUUCACAUGAACGGUUUUCUAUUUUCUAAAAUGUUACCCACACAUACUGUUGAAAAUGUCCGACACAGAAGUCACGUGAUUUAUUAUCAGGACAGCAUCGACUUCGAUACAGAUUUCACUUCCACAUUGUUCCCCUCAACCUCACAGAUUCAUCCUGAUGCGUACGUUUUCUUCAUUUGCCAUUUGCUUGCUUGUUUAUGUGAUUUUUUAAUUAAUGACACAUCGAGACAGGCAUGGUCUGUUUCUCUUCCUGUGUCUCUCGCAGUGCAGCUGCACGGCAUUUAAAAAUAGGUAUUCAAAUUAACAAGCAGCAGGUUGCACAAACUGUAAAAAAAAAAAACACAAUAUAUUUCAGGUACUACUAUUGACGUGGCCUCUGGCUGUUUUACCUCCUAGAAACCCUUAAUCGUUUCAUUUCUUUUUUUUCUCGCAGCAUUUCUUAACUGUACUUUUGCUGUGAAAGUCACACUUUGAUCAUGUUUUCUAUUGGCUGUUCUUUCUCUUCAAAGACUUCAAACUGCGUGGACUCGUGAGAAGUUAACUUCUGCAUAAUGUUCAAAAUUUCAGAAUGACGCUGGAUCUAAACUUCUCCAAAAUGUCCGGCGCUGUGCGGCCGGAGCAGGGUCCGGUGGAGUACCGCAUCGCGAGCCUGGUCUUCUACUCCUUUGUCUUCGCCAUCGGGGUCGUAGUCAACAUCACCGCUCUGUGGGUGUUUUCUCUCACCACCAAGAAGAAGAACUCGGUCACAGUCUACAUGAUAAACGUGGCGCUGGUGGACCUCACCUUCAUCCUGCUGUUGCCCUUCCGAAUGGUUUACCACCACCAGGACUUCUGGCCCUUUGGGGACCUGUUCUGCCGGAUCAUCGCCGCCCUCACCAUCUUCUACCCCUGUAUGGCCCUGUGGCUGUUUGCUCUGAUCAGCGCCGACCGCUACAUGGCCAUCGUCCAGCCGAAGCACGGCAAAGAGCUGAGGAACAUCCCGAAGGCCGUGGUGGCGAGCCUCGGCGUGUGGCUCAUAACCCUGGGCAGCACCGUGCCCCUGCUCUUCUCCGAGGACGACCCCGACCGCGCCUCCAACUUCACCACCUGCAUCAAGAUGCAGGACAUCAUCCACAUGCGGCCCGCCAACCCCGUCAACUUUGUGCGACUCGUCUUCUUCUUCCUGGUGCCCAUAUGCAUCAUGAUCGGCUGCUACGUCGUCAUCGUGGACAACCUACUGCACGGACGCACCUCCAAGCUCAAGCCCAAAGUGAAGCAGAAGUCCAUCCGGAUCAUCAUCACGCUGAUCGUGCAGGUGCUGGUGUGCUUCGUACCCUUCCACGUGUGCCUGGUGCUCCGCCUGGUGGCGACGGGCACAGACUUCAGCACGUGGGCGGUCUUCACCACCUUCCUGAUGAACCUGAGCACGGUGCUGGACAUCAUCCUGUUCUACAUCGUCUCCAAGCAGUUCCAGGACCGGGUGAUCAGCGUGAUCCUGUACAGGAACUACCUGCGGAGCGUGAGGCGGAAGAGCAGGCACACGCACACGGGCAGCCUCCGAUCACUGAGCAACCUGACCGGCGCAAUGAUCUGAGGAGGCCAUCGGCGAGAUUGCCACGCCGAUGGCCGCUCUCUUUGGCACAGUGCAACACUGAACGCUUCGCUGUGUACGCGCUUCGUUGCGAAGAGGGAUCAAACACUCGCAAUUAAUUUCCGAGGCGUGAUUCACACUCACAGUAUGGGAGUGCUGCUGUGUGGCAAAAAAAACACAAAAAACAUCUGUGUUUCGGAGCUGAUUGACUCACCCAUGAGACUUGAGAUGUUUUCCGCUGCAUCUUUGUGAGUGUCUCAUGCAGGUAAGUAAAGUAAAGCUCACAAUUACAAAAACAAAAAACAUAGCUCAAGGCAUCUCGGCAUUUGUUAUUAUGCAUAAAGAUCGAAACUCUUCUCAGGUCACGUCAACCCACAGGUAUAAAAAAGGCCUCACUGCCUCCACGGUGGGGGUGGGGGGGAUAAUGGUAGGAACAGGAAACAUUGGUGGGUUUUAAAAAGGUUGCUGCUAUAAUUGUGGCCGCUGCACCACAUGUGCAACAUGCUGCACUGUGACUAAAAUAUAACCAUCAGCGCUGCCUGAUAGUCCUGCACAUGCUCGAAAUGCUGUCACCUCGACGUAUUUGUGAAGUCACAAGCUUUUAAACACACGCCACAGUCGACCCGGAAGUUGCUGUUAGCUCAUCCGCCAGGUGAUGGCAGCAUGGCACAGCUAGACCUCAUCUACCUGCUAGAGUACAACCAAACUGAGCUUUCUUUACUUUUUAAAGUGGAUGGUGCAAUAUUUAUGAUUCUCAGAUUUAGAGAUCUUUAUAGAUAUAUCUUAUAUCUGCAUCUUAUUACAUUUUCAACUGGCUUCAUGAAAGCAAAGAUUUCAGUCUUGAUUCUGUGAAAUUCUUCCACCUCAACACAGAGAAGUGAACGACAGUCGUAGCGGCUUCCUCAACCGGGAGUCAGACUAAAGUGUGUUGAUGGUGCAAUGCGAAUUAUAUUGAUUAGACGUUAAAUGAUUCAGCCACUUGAAGUGCAUUUACAGUAACAUCCUCAAGAGAUGUCAGCGAGGCUAUUUACUAGAUUUAAAGCAACCGUAACCUGAAAAGAGACAGCCUUUCUUCUGCACGGGGGAGGGGGACUUUUGAUGUCACAUCUCUGCCGCCGAGUAUAACAUCCUGCAAUUUGUCCCCAAGUUAUUCCCCAAAUGGCAGACGAGUGACGAGAUAGAAAGGUACUGAAUGUGUGACAGGCUUAUAUCUAUGAAGACACUCAUUUGAAAUGAAGGAGCAGAAACUGACGGUUUUGAUAGCACAAAUGUCACCCGGGCUAAGAAUUUGAUUUGGUGUUGGCAAUUGUUAAAAUAAUCGUGUUAGCGGGUCCGUCACACAUACACAGUCUUGACUGGAUUAGACAGUGAGUCAGUGUAGCUGAGUAACUAUGUAGUGUCUCACUCAAUUAGACAGUUGAGGCGCCCUGUGGUGCGACCACAUUCCCCCACAGCAUUUCUCUGAAUGGUUAUUCAUGGCUGAUCAACUGCAAACAGAACUACAUACAUUGUAUUACACUGUGAAAGUCAGAUUCCGGUUGUAUUCAUGUUUCCUUAAGACUUCAUAUGAAAACCCCAAAAAAACAUGGGACCUUAUUUCUGAAAAAAAGAAUAUGUACGGUAGCUAACGGUGGAAAUGACAAAUAACUUAAUGAUCCCAAUUGAAUUACGCCACAAAUUACACAUAUGAUGUACAAUACAAUUUUACAUGUCAAGACAGUCACAGAUUGUCUUUAAAACGGCUGGAAAACCCCCUGAAAAUACAUCAUUAGAAAGACUACACACCCAAGUGACGUCUCUCGCCGAAGCUACGAUGCAUGUUUGUGUGGUACCAGGAUGGACUCGCACCAACCACUUGUUCUUUGGCUUGCCGGUAGAUAAAAAGAGGUCGCUGGAUAAAACACAUCAAGUAAGAUAAUGUUACGUUUGUGCGUUACCUGGCUAGCUAGCAAGCCAAGCUAACGGCCGUGUUGAUAAUGUGCAUUGUGCGAGACGAGAGAUAUAUGUAGUCCACUGAGCGGUUUAACACAAAGAUAAAUAAUACUACGACAAACUGCCACUUUCUUGACUUGCAAAAUUACAUUCAAAUUGACGAACAUUAGCAAUUCAAACAGGAUUGAAAAAAAUAUUUGUCUCUUGCAAUUGUCUCCCGUAUAUACUUUCCAAAAUAUGUGUGGCAGUCUGAUAUACGGUCCAAUGGGGGACGCCGGAAAAGGGCGGGACUUCUCCUCUCUACAGCCGGGCUAGAUUUACACUGUGUUUAAUAAGAGGAGGCAGACUACAAGAUGUUCAUCUCACAUGGAAUUCUGGGAACUGCAGUUCAUCACAUGAUGAUAGGUUUAUCGGCCGGUUGGACUACAAGUGGAUUUAUUACCAAGAGGUCAAAGGUCAAAUGAAACAUCAGAGGGUCGUCUAUCUGUCCCACCUGUUAGACAUCAAAAGAAAACCAGACACGCUGCUCACAGCAACUGGCAUUUAAAACAAUUAAGUUUCCUGUCAAGUCCCUGUGAUGAAUUAUCCGGAAGCUUUACCCGCUGUAAUUCUAAAUCUUCCCAACAAGUGCCUUUGUUGUAGAGAAAUUAAUGAAAACAAGAUUGUCUUUCAUAGGAGCUGAUCUAACAGCGCGACAGCCAGCUGCUCUUCUUUGGGAAUAAAAACAGUCAGCAUUAAACACAGCUCGCACAAAAUACUUCUUUCUUUUUUUUUUUUCACCACUCGUGUGGAAAACAAAUCAGGCGGCGAGCACAGUGGCCAUCUGUUUUGUUAUUUGAUAUGUGUGAAUACAUGUUGUAAUGACUUUGUUUGUGAAUCACUCGGCGCGGCAGAACACACGAGAGCUCUCGAAGUGCUGGAGUGUUCAAAGCUAAUCAUAUAAUUGGACACAAUAGUCGAUGACAAAUGGAGACGCUUGGAGCCAGCCAGCUGGGGAAGUGAAUAUGUAAUCAUUGUAAAAUCAUAUAAUUUUUGCAUAUUUGAAGACAGCUUAAUAGAGUUUGCGUGUCAGCAGACUAUCAAAUGAUGAUCAGAGACAGUGCUGCUGUAUUUGUUUUUCUGAAUACUGUAGUGCUUUGUGGGACGACUCAUCUUUAUCGUGAUUAAAAGUGUUUCUCGAGA